CGCGGAGGCCGCGCAGGCGCAGCAGCGCCCGCAGCGCCUGUUGUAUCCGGCCGGCGCCUUUUCUCCGCUGCCCGCCUCCUCCUCCCCGGCCGCCCGUCGCGCCCGCCCAGGGCCGCCGCUGCCUCUGCCGUGCACGGCCUUCCCUCCCUCUCCGCGGUGUGGCCGGCCGGCAACGCCUCCGAUCUCCCCCGUGCGCCCCAUGAAGCGAUGGCAGCGGCCAACUUCGGCAAGAUCCAGAUAGGGAUCUACGUGGAGAUCAAGCGCAGCGAUGGCCGAAUUCACCAAGCUAUGGUAACAUCUCUAAAUGAAGAUAAUGAAAGUGUAACUGUUGAAUGGAUUGAAAAUGGGGAUACUAAAGGGAAAGAGAUUGAUUUAGAGAGCAUAUUUUCACUUAACCCAGAUCUUGCACCUGAUGAAGAUAUUGAGCCUAGCCCAGAGACACUACCACCCCCUGCUUCAUCGGCCAAAGUAAACAAAAUUGUGAAGAGUCGACGAACUGUGUUACCAUCUAAGAAUGACCCUCCUGCCAGAGAUAAUAGAGUGGUUGGUUCUGCACGUGCACGACCUACUCAGCUUCCCGAGCAGUCUUCCUCCUCUCAACAGAAUGGUAGUGUUUCAGAUAUAUCUCCAGUUCAAGCUGCAAAAAAGGAAUUUGGACCCCCUUCACGUAGAAAAUCUAACUGUGUAAAAGAGGUUGAAAAAUUGCAAGAGAAGCGUGAAAAAAGAAGGUUACAGCAGCAGGAACUUAGAGAAAAGAGAGCUCAGGAUGUUGAUGCUACAAACCCAAAUUAUGAAAUUAUGUGUAUGAUAAGAGAUUUCAGGGGAAGUUUGGAUUAUAGACCACUGACAACUGCAGAUCCUAUUGAUGAGCACAGGAUUUGUGUUUGUGUGCGGAAACGACCACUCAAUAAGAAAGAAACUUUAAUGAAAGACCUUGAUGUAAUAACAAUUCCUAGUAAAGAUGUUGUGAUGGUACAUGAACCAAAACAAAAGGUGGAUUUAACAAGGUACCUAGAAAACCAAACUUUUCGUUUUGAUUAUGCCUUUGAUGACACGGCUCCUAAUGAAAUGGUUUACAGGUUUACAGCUCGACCACUAGUGGAGACCAUAUUUGAAAGGGGAAUGGCCACUUGUUUUGCAUAUGGACAAACAGGCAGUGGGAAAACCCAUACUAUGGGUGGUGACUUUUCAGGAAAGAACCAAGAUUGUUCUAAAGGCAUAUAUGCACUAGCAGCUCGAGAUGUCUUUUUAAUGCUAAAGAAGCCAAACUAUAAGAAGUUAGAACUUCAAGUGUAUGCAACAUUUUUUGAGAUCUACAGUGGUAAGGUUUUUGACUUGUUGAACAGGAAGACAAAAUUAAGAGUGUUAGAAGAUGGUAAACAGCAAGUCCAAGUGGUGGGAUUACAGGAGCGAGAAGUCAAAUGUGUUGAAGAUGUUCUUAAGCUUAUUGAAGUAGGCAACAGCUGCAGGACAUCUGGCCAGACAUCUGCAAAUGCGCACUCAUCUCGAAGCCAUGCAGUGUUUCAGAUUAUUCUCAGAAGGAAAGGGAAAUUGCAUGGUAAAUUUUCUCUGAUUGAUUUGGCUGGCAAUGAAAGAGGAGCAGAUACUUCGAGUGCAGAUAGGCAGACGCGACUGGAAGGUGCAGAAAUUAACAAGAGCCUUUUAGCACUCAAGGAGUGCAUUAGAGCCUUAGGCCGAAAUAAACCUCACACACCCUUCAGAGCAAGUAAACUUACUCAGGUGCUAAGAGAUUCAUUCAUUGGAGAAAACUCACGUACCUGUAUGAUUGCUACAAUUUCUCCAGGGAUGGCAUCAUGUGAAAACACUCUAAAUACAUUGAGAUACGCAAAUAGAGUAAAGGAAUUUGGAAUUAGUCCUUCGGACAUUCCCUUCUCACAGGGUAGUGGCAGUCGCUCUGAUCUCUCUCCUUCCUAUGAGUAUGACGACUUUUCUCCUUCAAACACCAGGGUGAAGGAGCUGACGGUUGAUCCUAGUGGUGCAGGAGAUAUCCGUUCUAUCAUACACCACGCUCCCAAUCAGAUGGAUGACUUGGAGACACAGUGGGGUGUGGGAAGCUCUCCUCAGAGAGAUGAUCUCAAACUGCUUUGUGAACAAAAUGAAGAAGAAGUUUCCCCGCAGUUGUUUAGUUUCCAUGAAGCUGUGUCACAAAUGGUAGAAAUGGAAGAGCAAGUAGUAGAAGACCACAGGACUGUCUUCCAGGAAUCCAUUAGAUGGCUGGAAGUUGAAAAACUACUUCUUGAGAUGACAGAAGAAGUGGACUAUGAUGUGGAUUCAUAUGCUACCCAACUUGAAGCAAUUCUAGAGCAAAAAAUUGAUAUUCUGACUGAACUCAGAGACAAAGUGAAAUCCUUCCGGGCAGCUCUACAAGAAGAGGAACAGGCCAGUAAACAGAUCAACCCGAAAAGACCACGUGCCCUUUGAAAAUGGCCUCUGCUGCUAAAAGAAUCAUGAACCUGUACUGCUGUAGCACACAUUUGUUACAAACCUAGUGACCGAGAGAACUCAACUACUUGAAAGUAUAAAAAUGUUAGAAAUGUUUGUGGAAAUCUCCUGUUUCUUAUUCACCUGAAUGACAUUUUCAGUUUUAUGUGAAAUGCUCCUGAUGUCUACAACAUGCUUCUAGACCAGACAGCACAACCUGCAGGGUUCAGAUCUGUGAAGCACUUUGUUUAAAUAUUUCAUUUAUUCCAGUAGUGAAAUGUUUGGAAAUACUUGCCAUAUUUUUAAUAAAGUAAAACUGUGGCCAUUAAAAAGUCACAUCACUUCCUUCUGACCAUGUUCAGUUUUAUGACAAAGACCAGCUGUGCAGUUUAAAAUUGAGGCAUGCAUGCACACCUCACUAGUGGUUUUACGUAACUUCUCUUCCACAAACAGCUGUGCUUAACUCUUCCCAUUCUGUGCCUUGACGAAGGCUACUUAACCCUAAAUAUCCUCUUUUGGAAGCACAGCCUUAAAAAAUACAUUCCUUAUUUGUCAAUAUAAAUUACUUUAGUGUGUGUGUGUGUUUCAAGAAGACUUAUUUUUUGGUGGAUAGUUUCAUUUCACAGGAUGUGCCAUAUCAUUUUAAGAGAAACUGCAGGCUGUUGAGAAUGGUUGAACAGCUGGACAUUCCAUUUCUCGUGUGAAAAUCUGGAAUCUUGAUUUAUUUGAAUACCAUUAAAAAUAGUUAUAUAAUUUUAACAUUUGAUCUGUAACAAUUAAAAAGAAAAAACCAAAAAAACCAACAAAUCAACAAAAACCCACAAAAAUAUAAAUUAGUUGAUGUAUUUUAAAGGGUAAUGUUUUAAGUACUGAGGAGAGUUGUAUCUUAGGAUAAUGCAGAUAAUAUGAUAUGUGGUAUGGUGUGAUAAUGCUAUGUAUGGAUAAGUUAACUAUCAAACUUUGGGGAUAUAUAUGUCCAUACUGGCCUUUCACAUACUGUUUUAAAAACUUGGAUUUUGAUGCAUGACAAAGUUACAUGUACAUUAACCGUAGUUUGCAGGUAGCUUGAGUAGUUCUGUUGCUUUAAGAAGUAGCUAAUACCUAUUUUUCCCUUUGUACAGUGCCAGCAGCUGAAAAGUGGGGUGAAAUUGCAUCAUUUGACGAUUUUGCACAAUACCUCUACCUAGCGCUAAUAGAAAUCCCACAAAUACCUGAAUUCUCACAAAUGGCGCCAUGUGUAUCAGCACUUUUUAGGUGGUGGCACUCAAGUUAUUUUUGCAAGUCAGUAUGCAAAAAGGUUGACUUUUCAUGUAAGAACUGUAGAUCUCUCUAGGAGUUCUCCCUCUUUCCAGGACUUUGUAUCGGCAGACUUUCCCUUGGAAAUGUUUAAAAACUACUUUCGGAUAUACAAGCCUGUUUGUUUGUGCCAGGCCUGGAGGGGGGAAUAAAGGGAAGGCAAUGAAAAGAGAGUUAAAUGAGCCAGAACUUCUUGUAGUGUUUAAUGUUUGUAUCUCCCAUAGAAAGGUAGGCUAUGGGAAGCUCUUGUCGCAUCAUGGUUAAAAAUAAAAAAUCCUCUUGUGUGUAAACAUGAAAACUGAAACAAUGUAGAUUUUACAUAAUGUGUUUAAUAAAUUAAGCUAUUAAAUGAA